GCGCGCGCGGGGCGCCGGCGCUUGGUCGUCGCCCCCUGGCUGGGGCGGCCGCUCCUGGCCCCCGGUGGCCCCCUAACGGCCGUGACCCCAGGCGCCCGGCCCCCGGCGGGAGUCCGGCCCCGAGCCGGCUGCUUACCUGCCGUGCGCAGCCCUAAACAGGGGGGGGUUGGCCUCCGCGUCUCCUGUAAGCCUCACCCCCGCUGGUGCGGCGCCUGCUGCCUCCAGGCACCCGGGGCUCUGGUCGUGUCCACAAGGUCACUCGGAGGUGUGACCCCGCGUGAGGGCGCUGCCGCUCGAGCCGCCCAGGUGGUCUGAGCGCCAGGUGCUCCCCUUGUGUCUGCUCCGAGCUGUUCCAGAGUCAGGUCCACUCACUUACUUUGUAGGGCAGGAGUGAUGAUGCCCCCUCUGGUGCCCAGGUGGCCUGCGUGGCUCUUCUGCUGGCGGGCAGCCUGCAUUCAAGGAGCCUCCGUGCGACAGAGGAUGUGGGUGGGGCCGUCCAGGAUCCCUGGGCUGGGCGGCCCUCGAGGGGCCUGGGGCACCAGCCCCCUGGCUCCACGAGGCAGCUGCUCGGCCUCCUCCCGCGCUCCUGAGGUGACGCUGACCCCGGAGCGCUACCCUGUGCGGCGGCUGCCCUUCUCCGUGGUGUCUGAGGACGACCUGUCUGCCCUGGAGCAAGUUGUCCCUGGCAGGGUCAUCACAGACCCGGAGGAGCUUGAGGCUCCCAACUUGGACUGGCUGAGGACGGUCCGAGGCUCCAGCAAGGUGCUGCUGAGGCCGCGGACGACCCAGGAGGUGGCACACAUCCUCAGGUACUGCCACGAGCGGAACCUGGCCGUGAACCCCCAGGGGGGCAACACAGGCAUGGUGGGCGGCAGCACGCCGGUCUUUGACGAGAUCAUCCUGUCCACCGCCCUCAUGGACCAGGUCCUCAGCUUCCACGACGUGUCGGGGGUCCUGGUCUGCCAGGCGGGGUGUGUUUUGGAGGCGCUGAGCCAGUACGUGGAGGAGCGGGGCUUCAUCAUGCCUUUGGACCUUGGGGCGAAGGGCAGCUGCCACAUUGGGGGGAAUGUGGCUACCAACGCAGGCGGCCUGCGGUUCCUGCGAUACGGCUCCCUGCGGGGGACGGUCCUGGGCCUGGAAGUG